UAAUAAAACUCGAGAGAUAUCGUUUUUUAUGCAUAUAUGACAAGUAAAUCUAUAUUUGGUUCUGCUAUACUCCUUAUCUUGCAUUUGAAAACUUUUCCAGAGUAGCAAUUAUCCUGUUCAUUUCCAUGUCGCUCUAUAACUUAUGUAAUGUCCCACUUUCCUCAUUAUAAUGUAGGACUAUUUGUAGGACCACUUUGACGUACCUUAGGAUUUAUAGAAGCUGCAACUUUACUCUUACCCUUUCAUAUUUGUUAUCUUCCACAAAAUGAUCAGAUCUCAAGGGAAAAAGAACAAAUAAUAUAAUUGGUAGAGCAAAUUCAGCGAGCCAGAUUCAUUGUCUUCCCUUCAAAGCUUGAAACAUGAUCCCCACUUCAACACUUUUCUUGUCUGCCAUUGUUUCCUUGCUACUAUUACACUAGCUAUAGAAAUGUAAAAGAUAUAAAUACCUAAGAAGUGCAAUCAAUAUGCAGAUGUAUCUGGAAAAAUUCAAUACCAUGGAUUCCCACAACGAAAAACUUGGGUUUUGCGAUUUUUUUAUGAUAGCCAUUUUCGUGGUUUUUGCUAUUCAUUCGUGUCCUACUGUAUAUGGUGAAAGUGGAGCCGAGAAAUUUUUAAACGUGGUGGAGCAAGUGGAAGAUCAUCUACCAUAUUCUAGCAGUAGUGAAGGGACUGAUGAGGUGGAUUUGGAAGAUGAUACAUGGCAAAUGGUGCAGAAGAAAGGGAACCAAUUUGUCAUUGAUGAUCAACCUUUCUAUAUAAAUGGUUUCAACACAUACUGGUUGAUGGUAUUUGCUGCUGACCAAUCAACAAAAGGGAAGGUCAGUGAGUUGUUUCAACAGGCAUCUUCUGCAGGUCUCACAGUUUGUAGGACUUGGGCUUUCAAUGAUGGUCAAUAUCGUGCUCUUCAAAAGUCCCCUUCAGUUUAUGAUGAAGAAGUUUUCAAGGCUUUGGAUUUCGUAGUAAGUGAAGCACGAAAAUACAAGAUCAGGCUUAUACUUUCAUUAAUCAACAACUGGGAUGCAUAUGGUGGAAAAUCACAAUAUGUCAAAUGGGGAAAAGCAGCCGGCUUGAAUUUGACAUCCGAUGAUGACUUCUUUUCUCAUCCAACUCUCAAAAGUUACUACAAAGCUCAUGUUAAGGCAAUGCUUAAUAGAGUGAAUACACUCAAUAACAUUACGUACAAGAAUGACCCUACGAUUUUUGCUUGGGAAUUGAUGAAUGAGCCUAGAUGCACCUCUGAUCCCACUGGUGAUAUUCUUCAGAACUGGAUACAAGAAAUGGCAGUCUAUGUGAAGAGCAUUGAUCCAAAACACUUACUGGAGAUUGGAUUAGAAGGAUUCUAUGGUCCCUCAACACCUAACAAAGUUCAAUUCAAUCCAAACACAUAUGCUCAACAAGUUGGAACAGAUUUUAUAAGAAACCACCAGGCUCUUGGUGUUGAUUUUGCUUCUGUUCACAUCUACGCAGACUCUUGGAUUUCUCAAUCAAUCUCUGAUGUUCAUCUCCAAUUUACCAAAUCAUGGGUUGAAGCUCACAUAGAUGAUGCUGAGAAAUAUCUAGGAAUGCCCGUUGUGUUUGCUGAGUUUGGAGUAUCAACAAAAGAUCCCGGCUACAAUUCAUCAUUCCGGGACACCCUUAUCAGCACAGUGUACAAGAGCCUCUUGGAGUCAACAAAGAAGGGAGGGAGUGGGGGUGGGAGCCUUUUGUGGCAGCUAUUCCCUGAAGGGACAGAUUACAUGGAUGAUGGGUAUGCCAUUGUGCUCUCUAAAUCUCCUUCAACGACUAAGAUUGUAUCGCUUCAGUCAACAAGACUUGCGCUUUUCAACUCCAGGUGUUCCUGGAAAUGCCACUGGGGUUGCAAGAAGAAGAACUCAUUGGAGAAAAUCAGUAACCAUGAUGAGUUAUAAGGUUUUAUAUAUAAGAGAAGUCAGAAACCAACUUGGUUGAAAAGGAAAGUGAGUGUGGAUUCCUAUUAUCUAUCUGGAUCCGCAAGCUCAUGUUAUAUUGCCUACAGAACUUUGAAAAUAAAGUUGGUGUUUUGAACUUGGAGACAGUUAAUGUGAAUAAUAAUAGUAUAUUUUGCAUGCA